GUAGACGUGGGCAGGAGAUCUGGACUCCCUUUGCGAGCCCUAGUUAUUAACGUCCCAAUAGCCGCAAGUAGCUGGGAAGAAAAUAAACAGAAGUCUCCCACUCUGUCUUCCCCUCUUUCCCCACUGUAGAGACCAAUAAAAAACAGCAAACAGAAGAACAGAUAAGAGAGUCUCAUGUCGGUUUUUUUGAAUAUCGACUUCUCAUGGGGUUUCUCGUAAGAAACUAGUUGAAUCUGUGCUUGCUUUGAUAGGGUUGAAAAGAAAAGUUUCUGAAUACGGAAGCACCGUUUAUUCAUCUCUGCAAGCCAUUGGAGUUCAGUACAGAUGGAGUUCACAAUUUUCUCACAGAAUUCUACAAGUGGUAUGCUUUUUCUCCAUGGAAUGCAUUUGAGCCGCAACCAUUUCAAUCCUAAACAUGGCAUUGGCCGGUAUUCGUGGACUAGGGUAUCUGCAUUUCACAUCAAUUGCUUUAUCAAGGGCAAGGGAAAACUUGGAUCUUGCCUACAAUGGCAGGCAGGUUUUUCUUCUGGAGGAUAUACUUUUCUGCCACAUUGCAUAGGGCAGCAGAGAAGUAUCUGCAUCGACAGAGGCAAUGAGGGUAGAAAGGAUGACCGGACUUUUGAAAGAUCUGUAAAGAGGCAACCAAGUUCACCAUUGUUGUGUCUAGAUGGACCUUUUGUUGAAAAUGAUGAAGAAACCAACAACGAUGUCCUUCAUAGUUUCUCCAGCAAGGGGAAGCUCACUGAAGCAUCAAAUUUGAUUGAUUUGAUGGCACGUAAAAGCCAGAUUCCCCACUUUCCCACAUGCAUAAAUAUAAUCCGGGGUUUGAUUAAAGUUGAUCGGAUUGACAAGGCUGCAAAUAUCCUGAGGAUUAUGAUCAUGUCUGGUGGACUGCCAGAUAUUAUCACUUACAACAUGUUAGUAGGUGGCUUCUGUAAGAAAGGAUACUUGAAGUCUGCAGUUGAUCUCUUAGAUGACAUGAGCUUGAGUGGUUGUCCUCCAGAUGUGAUUACAUAUAACACCAUACUUCGCUGCAUGUUUGAACAUGGUAGGUUUGAUCAGGCAAUUGGGUUUUGGAAGGAUCAACUGAGAAAGGGCUGUCCUCCAUAUCUGAUCACUUAUACUGUGCUUAUAGAGCUAGUAUGCAAGUACUAUGGAGCUGAACGGGCUAUGGAGGUGUUAGAGGACAUGGCAGUUGAGGGCUGUUAUCCUGAUAUUGUGACAUAUAAUUCCCUAGUUAAUUCUACUUGCAAGGAAGGGAAGUACAAAGAUACAACUUUGGUGAUUUUUAAUCUUUUAUCACAUGGGAUGGAACCCAAUGCUAUUACUUACAACACGCUUCUUCAUUGUUUCUGCAGUCGCGGGUGUUGGGAUGAUGUGGAUGAGAUCCUCUCAAUCAUGAAUGAGACUUCAAAUCCUCCCACUACUGUUACUUACAAUAUUUUGAUCAAUGGUCUCUGUAAACACAGGCUUCUGGAUCGGGCCAUUGACUUUUUAGAUGAAAUGGUUUGUCGGGGUUGUUCUCCUGACAUCAUCACUUACAAUACUCUUCUGGGAGCUUUAUGUAAAGAGGGAAUGACAGAUGAGGCUUUGCAUAUCCUUCAUUGUUUGGCUGCCAUUGGCUGUUCUCCUGUUCUAAUCACUUAUAAUACUGUCAUUGAUGGUUUAGCCAAGAAAGGUGAUAUGAAGAAAGCAACAAGGCUGUACAGUGAGAUGAUUGAGAAUGGGAUAAGUCCUGAUGAUAUUACUCAUCGUUCAUUGAUUGGAGGAUUUUGCCAGGGGGAUUUAGUUGUGGAGGCUGUGGAAGUCUUGAAGGAGAUGGGUAGGAGAAAUCAUAGGAUCAGAACAAGUACUUACAAUGUCGUAAUCCAGGGAUUAUGCAAAAAUAACAAGGUUGAUAUAGCAAUCCAAGUUCUAGAAAUGAUGAUAUUGAGUCGAUGCAAGCCCGACGAGAAGAUCUAUGCCACUCUUAUUAAAGGGAUAGCUGCUUCUGGUAUGCCAGAAGAGGCUACAAGGUUACAUCAGAAGUUGAUAGAACGCAAGGUUCUUAGAGAAGAAAGUAUGCUAAAUUAAAAGAGCAGAAGGAAAAUUGCAAUCAUUUUCAACAUUUUCUUAUUCUGAGGGGCUUUUGGCUGCUCAGAUUUUCUUUUGUGUUGUACAGCACACUGUUUAAACAGGAAAAUUAUUAAAAUUUAUCUAUACAUAUCUUUUAAGAUUACCCUUUCACGUGGAGAAUGCAAAGUUUUAAAAAGAGGUAGAGAAGAAUUACAAGUUCAUGGCACUGUUCUAUGUAUGAUCUGUAUGAGUAACCACCUUUGCGCUUGAAGUUCUGAGUUUUCUGCUUGAGGUCCAUGAAGAUUGAGUGAUCUUACUGUAGGAAGACCUGUUCAUGGGCUGUGACGCCGCGCUUGGGUUCAGGUUUGCCAAAAUUUGAAUGUGCCUGACCCAAUGAGCCUGACGGGCUGCCCAUGAAUAGGUUCUUGCAUUGACUUGGUGCUACUCAAAAGUGUUGCAGAUUUAGAGAUGCCCUAACAUUGUAUUGUGGUCUGUACACAGUUAUCCUUUCGUUGAAUAUGAACUUGUGCCUGAUAUUUUGCUGUUUCUGGAUGUUGCCAACCUAAUAUCUUGUUGAAGAGAGUAAUACAACACCGCCUGUUUUGCAUGAUA